GGCAAACAAGCGUCAUAGUAAUCAGAGCGGCCUUCGUGUUUUGUUGUGCUGGUGUCCGUGGUGACGAGUUAUGCCGUUUAUGAGCCACCUCAAUCGACCCCGCUGUGUCCACGCUCAGCCAGCCGCCCCGGCGUGCGUGGGGGUUAGAAGGGACGGCCGCCACUUUUAACAGCGCUGGCAGCAAACGCGUGCGGGAACGAGGAACAUCCUUAUUGCGCUAUUGCACAACUUUGCGACGGAACAUUGUGCCAGACAUGGAGGAAAUGGUCGCUGAACUUCAGCAACAGAUCUCCCUGCUGUCGCUCAUGGUGCAAGAGGAACGACGCAAGCAUCAUAAGGAACAAGACGAUCUAAAGCAAGAGAUGGAAUUAAGGCUAAUACAGUUGAAGACACAACAUGAGCAUGAGCUUGGGGACAUCCAAAAGCAGCAUGGUCUUGCAGUCGCGGCUUUGGAGGCACAACAACUGCACAAUGUGAAGGAGCAGAAAUCGCGUGACAAGGAUUGCUACAAUAAGCUUAAAGAAAAGCAUGAGUUCCUGGAAAGCUCAUUUGAGGCCUACAAGGACAGCGUGAGAGCAGAGAUGAGUGAGUGCUGGGCACAGAGGGAAGCUGAGCUCUUCCGCAAGUGGGAAGCAGGGCUGUCUGAUUCUGAUGCUGGACCCUGUGGAAUAAAAUUAUAAUAAUAAAAAGGUAUGAGAAGUAACACGUUCUUCAUACUGAAAAAUAUCAACCUGUGGCUACACAAGGGAGCAAGGAAACGACAAAAAAAUGUGUUUUGACUGAAUUUUGCCAACAUCCCGACAUCAUCUUCAUACAAAAAAAUCCACACCUUGUGCGAGUUUUUGAAAGUGAAUAAAAAUGCUUCAAUCAAAACCACCUUUAUACAGAACUGAGUGAAACAUCCAUCAAGUGUGCAAAGUUGGUGAUAAUCUUCUUCCUGUAUUAAAUACCUACACAGUU